GACAUCGCCUCGUGAUCGACAGCGCAUCAGAAUGAGGGGGUUAGGAUCGGCCAGUAUUCAUUUUCCUUUCUGCGCUUCAUCGCGAUCCUCCAUUUCCUAGCAAAGUGGCUUGAAGUGUCACCAUUACAGUUUGGCUUCUUGUGCAAACCUUAUUGACAACAAUUUUCACGACGUAGCGACCAUCACCAAGUUUUCACCCAACGGUUUACUCUCCCUUGUCCCUCAUAUCACAAACAUCGCCGAGAUGUCGCGUGCCUCCUCAAGUACAGCCAGCAAUGACGAUGCUCUUGAGCUGGAAGCCGCGGGAUAUACCCAAGCCAUGCCGAGACGCUUCUCGCUCUGGUCUUUAGGCGCUUUAUCAUUCACCUUGACCUGUACAUGGCUCGGAACUGGAUCUUCAGUCGGAAUUAGCUUGACCGAAGCUUCAUCAGCUGGGACUUUAUGGUCGUUACCUAUCGCUGGCGUAAUGACUACUAUUGUCUCGCUGGGUAUGGCGGAGCUUGCAUCGGCGUAUCCUGUCGCUGGGGCGCAGUACUAUUGGUCUUUUAUGGUUGCGCGGGAUGACUACAAGGCAUUCGCAUCAUAUCUAAAUGGCUGGAUGAGUGUUAUCGGUUGGUGGCUCGCCUCAAGCUCAGUCUCCAACUUCGUUUCAUCCAUGAUCCUCGACAUCGUCGGCGCAUGGCAUCCGGAUUGGGAUCAAAAGCGAUGGCAUCAGUAUCUGAUAUACGUCGCACUCAUCUGGAUCGCUACAGCCGCCAAUAUCUUCACGGCGCAGUGGAUACCUCUAUUCAACAAAAUGGUCUUCAUCCUAUCGGUCCUAACCCUCAGCGCUACCACGAUAACGCUCUUCAUCGUAGCGAAACAUCAUGCAUCAGCCGAGUUUAUCUUUACCGAUACUACCAACCGAACUGGCUGGUCGAGCGACGGGUUUGCUUUCAUGUUGGCGGUGGGUAAUGCGGUUUAUGCAUUUCUAGGUAGUGAUUGCGGUGCUCACCUCUGUGAGGAGAUACCCAAUCCAGCCAAGAACGUUCCCAAGGUCAUGAUAUAUCCUUUGCUCAUGGGCUUACUAACUGCUUUCCCUUUUGCAACAUCUCUCAUGUAUGCCAUUUCUGAUGUGCCAGCCGUGCUCAACACGACAACUGGCCUGCCGUUGUUUGAGAUUUACUAUCAAGGAACUGGAUCUCGGCCAGCCGCGUCAGUGCUGAUGUCACUGUUCGCCUUCUGUUUCUUUGCCAAUCUUGUCGCCAAUGGUAAGUUUACUUCUCACAACAAAACCCGCUCUGACUUUAUAGCGACAACUUCAUCACGCACGCUCUGGGCCGUUUCACGUGACGGUGCCUUGCCAUACUCACAGAUUUGGGGCCGUGUUCAUCCCACGUUUCAAGUUCCUGUCAACGCACUCCUUCUUUCUGCUGGCUUUAUCACUUUAUAUGGCCUCAUUUUUCUCGGUUCGUCAACCGCAUUUUCUGCCAUGGUCAGCGCGGCCAUCAUCUUUCUCCAAACCUCAUGCGUAAUCCCUCAAGCUGUUCUCCUUUAUCGAGGACGAGACCGCGUCUUACCACUCCGAUACUUCAGUCUCGGCAGAUACGGUGCUGCCAUCAACGGCAUAUCCGUCGCUUGGGUAGUAUUCCUGGACAUAUUGUACUGUUUUCCAACAGCCAUGCCCGUCACACCUGAGAACAUGAGCUAUGUCUCAGUCGUCUUCACCGGACUAGUAGCGUUUGUCAUAGCACUCUGGUUCACAACCAAAAAGGGUACCUUCACGGGGCCUCAGAUCAAUCUGGAUCUUCUGAAUGCCAGACGGAUGGCGGCUGUACAGACGUUGGAGGGGACUCAUCCGACGGCUGAAUACCAUGCACUUCGAAGUUCAGAGAUCGUGAAGGGAGAUUAGGCUGCACGGUAACAUUUACUCGUAUCGUGGGCUUCGACAAGCAACAGCCGACAGGAUGUUGAAGGUUACGAUCUUACGCUGGCGACACACGUGUAUCGUCUUAUUGGUUCGGGGUCAAUAAGUGCCAUGAUACAUCUGUGAAAUACGAGGUUAAAUGCAGCUCUAAGGAUUAUUAUUCACAAUAUAGUCUGCGGCUGAAUAGAAGCUUACUUCCAAUACAACCUAGUAUAUCAAUAGAACUCGCAUUGCCUUCCCAACCAGGAAAUCUCCGGUCUUAGUGGGUCACAACCGUAGCAUUAUUCUUCUCACACCGCAAAAACACAUCAACUCUCCACGUCGUGAAAGAAUUCUCCGGACCCUCGGCGUCAGCCUUAGGCCUCAUAGGGCUCGAAUGAUACGACUUUUCGAGUCAUUUGGAAAGCGGAAAUAUUUGUCUAUCCACCUGUGCCGCUCCGUGC